AUGAAAAUGGCACCGAAGAUUGUAUUUGCCGCCAUUCUGAUCAUUACCAUGCUUGUGUGUGCCUUCGAUGCACUACCUGUUCCAGAUCAUGCCAAAAUUCGUAUCCACGUGCCGAUUAAGCAUCACACCCAUCUGCACACGAAAACCGUGGUGAAAACGGUACAUGUCGGCAUUCCGGUCAAGAACGUUAAACCGCACGACGACGAGCAUGGUUGGGAGUACGGUAAGAAGAAGAAGGGCGCCUCCAGCUAUCUGUCCUACAUUUGA